AUGAAAGAAAUAAUUGAAGCAGGCGUGGAUAAUGUGAAAGCGACAAAUGUAAUAGCAUCAAAAAUAAAAUACGAUGGCAAUGAUAAAUUAACAAUUGGAAAAGCAAAAUAUAAAUUAAAAAAUAAUGUACAUAUGGUGGGUUGGGGAGAGGAGAGUGCAACUAUUGGAGCAGCUUUUGAAGAAUUAAUAGGAGAACAAAUGAAGAAAGGAUUCCUCGUUGUUGGACAAGAAACUUCAAUAGCUAUGAAUUAUCAAUCUUUGAUAACAUACCUUAAAGUUGGUAAUGAUUAUCAAGAAACAUUAGAGGCCAAUAAAAAGAUAUUCGAAUAUUGUAAGAAACUAAAGAAAACGGAUAUUCUUGUCGUUAUUCUCUCAGCGGGAACAGAUGAUCUUCUCUGUUUGCCAAAGGGCAAUAUUGGCGUUAAAGAGAAGAUUCGUUUCUUGAAUGAAAUGAAAAACGCGAAUGCGACUAAAGAGGAAAUAAAUAUCAUAAGAAAGAAAAUCUCCCUGAUAAGAGGUUGUUGA